AUGGGCAACAAGACCCAAGAAAUGCAGCCGGAGGCUGUGAGCGUCCACCUGCAGUCCACCUCAACGGUUCUCGAUGACCUACGAGGGCAGGCCACGUGGGAGGAAGAGUGGAUGGACAACAACCCCGGGAUGGUGGCUGCCACCAACCACGAGCGGAAGGUGCACCUCCUGAGCGAUCUCCUGGGGAAGGCCGACGGGGUGCUCGCUUUCCGAGAGGUGUUGGACGCCUCCCCGGCCCUGAGGGCUCUAAUGUUGACCACCGACAGCAGCACCACCACCACCGCUGGAGGAGCGACAGGCGGUGCGGGCGGUGACCAUACCACGGUCGCUGAGGAGGCCAAGUACCACCUGGUGCAGGGGAGACUAAGUGAAGGGCAGAGUUUCAAAGGCGGGGCGGCGGCAGCGAGGGAGGCGAACCCCCGGGAGUUCUAUCACCAUCGGGAUAGGUUGAGGUCGCUGCUGGAGAGAGAGGACAACAUCGUGUGCGCGGACUGCACCGCAAAACUCCCUACCUGGGCCAGCGUGAACACCGGAGUCUUCCUCUGCACGCAAUGCGCAGGUUGCCACAGGUCGUUGGGAGUUCACAUCUCGAAGGUGCUCUCGGUACAACUGGACGACUGGACGAAGGCACAGGUGGAGUUCAUGGCGGGAAUGGGCAACAAAAUGGUCAAUUCCUUCCUCGAAUACCACGUGCCCAGCACCUGGCUCAAGCCUAGCCAUCUCGAGCCCAGGGACUACAGAGACGCCUACAUCAAGGCCAAGUACCAGAGCCGGUUGUUCGAGUUUCGGGGGAAGAAAAAGCCGGUUAUCAAGCCUCCCCCGCCGGUGGAUCACGCCUCGGCGAUGGUGUCAGGGGUGGACGGAGACGCGGGCGGGGACGGGUCCGGGGAACGGGGCGGGUCGGGGUUUUCGCACGGCAUGACCGAGUACAUCGGCUUCGUGAACAUUAACCUUGUGCGGGGGGAGAGCCUCGUGCACGCUGGGUUCGGCCAGCUGCAGUACAUGGCUGUGCUAAGAAUAGGCGGGCAGGAGGUGAGGUCGAAGUGGUCGAAGAGGUCGGACGGGUCGCCUUCUUGGUCAGAGAAGCUCAUGCUCUGCUGGGACGGCAACAUGCCGCUCAACAUCGACAUAUACGGGGGCAAGGAUCACAUUGGUCAGGCGCAAGUCCCGCUGCGCAGCCUGCUCCUCAAGGAGAGUCAAUCAGCAGAAGCCGGCCACGGCUCGAGCCGUGGCGACAGAGGAAGCGGUAGCAACUUGGGGGGCUUGGAGCCGGCGUCCCGCCUCCUGGACAACGUGCUCGCGACCCCGGUGCCCGCCGGCGGCGGUGGCGGUAGCAGUAGCGAGGCCAGCGACGACGGAAGACUGAGCUUCUUCGACGGCGGUGAUCCCCAGGGGGAUGGUCGGCCGGACGAGGUGGAAGAGAGCCUCACCAGUACAGUCCCGUCCCUGGUGUCUAGCACCAGCUCCGGGCCGCCGACCCUCAGCUCGCUGUCGGCGACCAGAACCGCAGCGGCCGCGGUGCCGUCUAAGGCGCAGGGCGGCGGGGCGGCGGCCCCCAGCCCGGUGCCGAGCAUCGAGGCGGCAGCCGUACCGUCGGCAACAACAACAACAACAACAACGGACGAAAUAAAGGCCUCGUCGGCGCUAACGACCGUCGAGAGCGGCGGCGGGGGGGGCGGAGGUAACUCCACGGCGACUUCCCCGUAUGAUGCCGGCGGCGGCGGAGUUUUUGGCUUGGCUGGGAGCGGCGCCCUCAAGGCCCGGGACGGCGACAAAAAGGCGCCGGGGGCUGGCGCCGCGGCCCGCGUGGAGAACUUGCUGGGAGAACCGAAGAGAGUUGUCGAGGCGAUGAGCGCGUCGAUCGAAGAGCUCCCGGGAGGCGAGCUGUACGUGUCCUUAGAGGACAAGAAAGAGGCCAACACGGGCGAUCGAUUCGGUGGACUGUCUCCUUUGACAGGGAGCGGUAGCGUGGUGAGCAGCAGGGCGACUUCUCCUCGGCCCGUCCUUUCCAGCAAGAUGGGUAGCAACGGGAACGCAACCGGAGGGCUGUCUUCCAAAUCGUUCAACAACAUGAUGCUUAAGUUGGGCAAGAGCGGCGGAACCUCUGGCGGGAGUGGCGGAAAUUUGGGGCACUCGCAAAGUCGCCCCGCGCAGGGUGGGGUCGUCAUCAAGAUGGACUUUGUACGGAUAGAACACUGAAAGAUGACGAUAAUACCCGGGCGGGGUUUGGGGGGGGGGGUGGCGCGCUCGCCCACUCUCACUCUUAUAUGUGCGGCAUCCUCUUCCUCUUAAGGUCGAGCUACGUCAAACGACCAAGCUGAAGGGAAGUGGGUGGUCGGGGUGACGCUGAUUCACGGUGGGGGCGGGGGGGAUUCAUUCUUCACGUUUUUUGGCAGGCACGACAAUGUCCUGAGUAAAAGUAAAUAGAAGAGCAUGUGUAAUGUUUUCUUUUCUUUUUUUUCAGUUCUUGGCAGUGGUGUGAGAUGUUACUAGGUGUGUGUGUGUUUCUUCCGAGCGGUUUUUCUCGGACACUUUUACUAUCCCCGCCCAAAGUUAAGAAAAAGCAGGGGUGGUUGCGAAAAAAAAACAAAGAAGAAUACUUCUACGUACACAUGCAUCCUUGUUUUGCUUCCCAAGCGACCGCGAACAUUCCCUUCCUGUCGUCUCUCUGCGAGGAGGAAGCGGGGUACCGGAAAAGGGUGUGGAACGAUUUUUUUAUGUGACGGUGGCGAGAACGCGGCCUGCCUGCGAUAGCGGGGCCAGUUGGGUUGAUGAAUCAGAUCAACCCAGAUUAGGCAUCUUCUUGCCAAGAGGGCUUGACCAUGUACUUUGGAAUGGUGGGGAAAACAUGCUGUUUGUUUGUGGUAGCUUUUCUGUCACACGGGAGCGAUAUAUACAAAUAUUACAACGCGGCAGCUGCGGCAAGCUAGGCUGGAAGCGCGGAGGGCUUGGGUGGGUGUGCGAUUAGCGUGUAGGCGGUGUCAGGGGAGAGGCCGGCGCAAGCGUGUAUCGUAGAAGAGAGAGAGAGAGGGAGAUGACAACGCGUAACGCGUUUUGGCGAUUAAUUGCGGUUGCCACCAACCUCAUGCCCGAGCUCGUUGCGCCCACUCUCCACCGGCCGUGUAUGUUUUUUAGUUCCGGGUUAGGCGGCCACUAGAACCCGCGAGCGCUUGGAAACGAGCGGCUGCUGCUCGGCUAGCUUUGUGCUUCGCCACAUGGCAGAGGGCUCGUUGAAGCCCGAACAGCUGCAUGUGGACAAGUCGGUUUUUGUUUGAGUUUUUUUCGCGAAUCGUCUGAGGCUGGAUCAUGGUGCUCGCGCACUACUACAUACUGUGAUACGAGCUGCUGGUGUUGGACUUACUGCGGGGUGCUUUUUUGUGCUGCUUCUGUGUGCAGAGAUUCGUCGCCUGGAAGGUUUGGUGCUGUGUGUGUUCGUUUGCAGCACUUUUUUGUAGUUGAGAGACUUGUACCAGCGGCGCCCCAUGGACAAAAAAUCGUUGUUGUGUCUCCCGUGUUUAGCUAUGUAGUAAUAGUGCUUCUUAGCGCCUUGGUACUAAUGUUUAUUUCGGCACAGGUUGCGCACAGUAGUGUAGCACCAAGCGCUUUGUCGGAUCGUGAGGAGAGGUAGUUUUGUUUUGUGUGUUGAUGCACUCGAGUUGUUAUUUUUCAAGGUUUGGUCGGGUGAUCUUGGGUUAACCCAAGUUGGCUUAGUGUAGGCCUGGGGUGGCUUUACUUAUGUGUUUAUUGCUUGUUGUUGUUUGUUUGUUUGUUUUCGUUACUUACUGUAGGAUGCUCGCAAGUCAGUUGUACAAAUGUUGUUUAUCUUUGGGCGUUAACUUUGGAUAGAUGUUGUAAUCUACGUAGUACGCUUAGUCUAGACUUAUCGCUCGUUACGUGGGUGCUUGGACACUCCCGUGUUUGUGUGCGUUUUUUCGCUCUUCGCGAGGGGACCGAUCCCCCCGCGUCUUGCACAGUUUUUUCAAUCGCGAUGAUACGCGUCUGCUGAACCAUUUUUUUUUUAAGGAUCCCGUAGAGAUGGUGGUCUCUUCGUGUUCUUUGUUGCACAAAGACGAAAGAGAAGCCUGUGUGGCGAACGAAUCCGUCUCCCUCUUAGUAGGCGCCAACCCGGAGCACGCCAAUAAAUCGGCACAGGGGGGGGGGGGGUAGUGGGGGCCACAGCUGAGGUACAGCCCUAAACACCCUUGUGAACAAGUAGGACGGGGAUGUCGCGUUGGGCAGCAGCAGUUUGUUUGUCGAGACGAGGGAGAAUAGGAUAGGGAGGAGGGUGCUCGCGCGCUUGGCUGUGUGGCGUUGUUUUGUAGCAGUAGUUUUUGUACCGGUGUUUGUCAGGAUUGCUUUCGCAGAUGGACGGACGGACGUGGUAGUGGUGCCAUGUCAUGUCCCGAAACCACCCGAGCCUGUGAGGCAAAGAGUUGUACCUUCGCGUGUGAUGCUUUCUGGAGACGCCGAUGUUUGCGAGUUUUUCUUUCUUUUUUCCCCCCAAAAAACUCCUCUCUCGUUUUCGUGGUCUGGCACGUUUAAAAGCUGAUCGUGGGCGCACGUUUGGUGGUCUGCUUGUGUAUAUGGUUCGGGGGGAAACAGAAAGCGUAGUAGGCGGAUGCAUACGAAAAUCUGCCGGAUGGAAAAAAGAAUAAAUAAACAAAGAGAGAGAGAGAGAGAGAGAGAGAGGUGCUAACUAUUAUUAAUACGCAUACGUCAGUCCGUACGGCUCCGUGAAGUACCGUCGGCCUGAGUACUGUGUCUUGUAGAGUUCCCCGUGUAGGCCCAUAUGAGUGGCUGCAACCACCAUGCUUCCUUCACUUCCGUAGCAAGCAUCCAGUUUUUGUGCAGGUGAAGUCUUCGUACGGAGUGUAUUGGCGAAGGACCCGGGGAUACCGGUAAUAUAUGUGCUGGCCACCAUCAGCUAUUGAUCAUUGAUUGGUAGAAGCAUCUUCUCGUUUCGGCAAGCGUGUUGAUCAUGUCAAGCGUUUUGGCGUUGUGUGCUCGACGGUGGUAGCGGUGGUUUUCAUGAUCAUACCCGUCAGCUUCCCAAAUUAGAACAUCGAUGAUGGCGUUCGAAGCAAUCCGCGGAUGAACCAAAAAGCGC